GUUGCCGUGUAGCUACACGGUAUCUUAGCAAUGAUACACACACCGACGGAGCACAGACAGCGCAAAACACGGGGGAAACACUUUAAACACAAAGUUUUUUGCGAUAGUUAGACUUAUUCAAUCAAUUCUAUCAUUUUGUUUGUUUUUUUGAAGUUAAACAUGUACGGACGAGCUCCACGAGAGACUUUGAUGACGUCAGGCGUCACUCCAGGUGCAGUCGGUCCUGGAACUUACGACGUCACUCAGUUCACGAGUAAAAUAUCAGAGGGCUAUGCUCCAUUCUUGUCCCUGACCAACAGACAAUCAGUGUUCAAGUCCAGUGAGAUGGUGCCAGGACCUGGACAGUAUGACUCCACAUCCAUCAAGUUAAACGUCCAUGGUGGCCACAGUCUGCAGAACCGCUCCAAGCGAUUUGAGGAGGUGGUGUCAGAGGUUCCGGGCCCUGGGGCCUACACUGUGCCGCCUGCCUCAGAAAACUUGCUCAGGGCUGUGACGGCUGAUGCAGGACAGGCUGGGAGGCCUGGCAGGAAAAAGGCUCAAAGUCUCUGGCUAGUUCGACACUCAGAUAUUGUGUCCAUUCCUUCACCGGGCCAAGCUUAUGGCUAUGAGGAGGACGCCCUGGGUGUGCUCCGCAAGCAACAGCCUCCGCCCAGGGACAGGACCCUGGGACCAGCCUACUACAACCCAAAGUCGGAGAUGAGCGCCGCACACAAGUAUAAAGGAGUCCACUUUGGCAACAGGACAGGAAAGAGAGACGAGGAGACAAUGGAGGUGGGACCAGGUCCAGGACAAUACUAUCCCGAGUUAGUCAUAGAAACACACUAUGAAAAUAUAAGCCUUCAAAAGGAACAGAAAGGCAGAGCUGAGCUUAACAUCCCUCGCUACCACGAACUGGUGCCCAAGCAAGAGGAGAAGAAGGGAGUUCCAGGGCCGGGCCAGUACCACAUCAGAAGCCAGUUUGAGAAGCCUGUGAAGUCCAGUGCCUGCCCCUUCCUCUCUCAGACUGAGAGAUUUACCUCUGUGAAAGAAUUGUCGCCUCCUGUCGGUGAAUAUAAUGACCCACGCUGUGCACUGGAGCUGCUGAAGAGGACGACGGGAGCGAAAAGAAGCCCAUUUGGCAUCACCGCUGUGCGCUUCCCACCUGACAACAGAAAAUGCUCCACACCAGGACCAGGCUCCUAUAAUGUGUUUGAGCAGGGUUUAGCCCAGGAGAGUUUUAAAAAGGCCUUUUUAGAGCAAAGCAGGAAGGGGGGGUUUGGCUCCACUGCUCGGCGCAUCUCCUUGUUUCACAACAAGACAUUAAUACAGGCCCCAAGUCCAGGACACUAUGAGACAGAAAAGAAGACAGAGGAGCACUACAAACGGCAAAACACAGCUGCCUUCAAAUCAGCCACAGAACGUCUGUCAUUAUCACUGCUUGCUAAAGAUUCUCCUCCACCCAACAGUUACAAUGUGAUUCAGACAUAUGAGAAGUUUAAUGGCCACACUUACCGAGAGCCACGAAGUGAUGAAGCCAAGAGACGACAGAAAUGCUUCCUGUCCGCGGCGCCGCGGGGUGACUUCUUCCUGCCAUGUGAUCCCAACAUGCCAGGCCCUGGUCAGUACAACCCCAGUGUAAAGUCCUUCCCUCAGAUGACUCUGAUCACCUCCAGACAGGAUCGAUUCAAAGACGCCAUGAACACCAAUCCUGGACCAAGCACUUAUCAGCUGAGUCCAGGUAUCAUGAACACAGUCCUUAAGGGCACCUUCAACGUGACACUUGACAAUCCUCUGGGUCACUAUGUGGCCCCCGGCCCUUUGAGGACCCAUAGGACCAUUAACGCUGUCAUAUCCAACACCUUCAUCAGCACCGGCACGUCUUAGAGCUCUUUGGGGGUCAAACCGUAGAAGUGAAAGGCGGUGUUUUGGAGGAAGAUAACUGCUCUUUAAUCAAUAUUGCAAAGUGAAAUGCCUACAUGGGCCCUGCAUCAACAACAGAGGGCUCCCUGGUUCUUUUAUUUUUCACUAAUAACAAUCUUGGCACACCACUUUGUUAAUCAAUAACAAUUACAAAAAAAAAAAAAUAUUGACAUGAAUAUUGCCUUGAGUCCUUUGAAAGCAUGUUAGUCUUGAAGAGGACAUCGAGUCCGUACAGGACUUUAUAACAGCAAUUCAAAUAAUCAGUUGGACAUAAAUGAGACUAAGAUUAAAAAUGGUACAUUGGAUUUUUAUUUGACUGCUGAAAUUAGUUCAUUGCAGUAAAAGCUGGAUGAGUGUUAGAUUAUCAAAAUUGCUUGAUUUGGGCUUCAUUUUUAAGUCCAAGAUAACCAAGAUCAACUAUAAUUGUAUUUCAUUUAAUGACCAGUGAUCAACCAGUGCAUGAGACAGGAAAAAGAAAAGCUAUUUCAAAUCCUUAAAGGUCCAGUGUGUAAAAUUGAGGUGAAAUUAUCUGGUAGAUAUUGACAUUUUUAAACUUAGGUUUGUAUAAAUUGUUGUCUUCCCUUUCAUAUUUAUAUCAAGAGCUGAGGUCUCCAUUUUUGACCAUCAUGUAACUGAAUGCUGCAAAGGUUCUCCAACACGCUUGGAAGAGAAGUGUGAAGUGUGAGGUGAGGAAUUUUCUCCUGCAACUCCACCAAUAACUGUUACUUCAUUUUACAUACUGUAAUUUAAGAUGCAUACAUCGUUGCUUCGCAUGCAUCAAUCAUGAAGCUAUUUGUUAUGUAUGUGCGCUGACCGUCAGAGAAACACGUGUGAAAGUCACAUAAAGGACUCAUAACUUACAGUAUGUUCCAGUUUUGUCGUACACUACUGUACUUUACUUAGUGAUCGAUACAGCCUCACCAAUGUUUUUUUGCCCACCAACAUUAAUAAACAUACAUCUAA